AUGGAGCCAGUGACUUUGUCGCAUAUAUUCGAUGAACAACUGUUUAAUGACAUUUCUGAAAGCAUUUUAGAUGACAUCGAUGUAAAUGAUAUCUCUUUCGAUUUGUCCACCAUUUGGGACAAUUCGGAGAUCAGAAAUUUGAAUAAUGGAGCAUCAGAAAAGAAGACUGUUGAAUCGUUAGUGAAGUCAAAGCCAGUUUCUGGUGUCAUUACGACACAUACAGGACCAGACACCUUAACUGCUGUUGAUGGACAUAACGGUCUUAAUAAACAAAGAUUUACACAGGAAGCUAUCUCUCUAGACUGUUCCAACCGUCUUCAGGUUGAACCAUAUACUUACGUUCCUACACCUGUUCAAAAUACAUUUCAUGUGCCUUUGGUAUCCAAACUGCUGUGUAAUUCAGAAGCAGAAAAUGUUAAUCUCAAUAAAGACAUAUGUGGCUUGGGAACUCCAUAUUCUGCCCAGUAUUGCUCAACAAACUCUGGUAAUCAAAAGACUGAUUUCUCAGUCUAUAAAGGUGAGGAAAAAGAUGUCAAAGUAAACACUGAAAAUUCUGAACAAAAUAAUGAUACUGGGAAACGAGCACCUCAUAAUGCUAUUGAAAAACGUUAUCGUGCAAGUAUUAACGGGAAAAUAGAUGAACUCCGUAAGCUUUUGACGCCCACAUCAUCUGGAGAUGUUAAGAUGAAUAAAUCUGCUGUUCUUCGCCGUGCAAUCGAUCGUAUCCGUGAACUGGAAGAGAUUAAUGCUCAGUUAAAGACAGAAUUAACAGUUUUACGCUCGAGUAAUCAUCCCUCAUCUUAUGUUGAUUCUAAUCACGGUACUUCAGAAAACGAACCAUAUUCGUUUGAAACGUCACCAGUUUCUUUAAGUCAUCAAGAAAUAAAUGAUUAUUAUUAUUAUCAUCAUCAUAACUAUCAGUGUAAAAAAUCUCCACAAACUGUGCCUACUGAAUACUGCAUUCCACCGAAUCAAGUGUAUCAUUUCUCUGCUACUGCUGCUGUCGCCCCUACUUCUGCUCCUGUUAAAUCUCUUCAUCAAUCAACUAAUAUAUCCCAAACUACUAAUACUGACAAAGAUGUUUUAUUAAUGAAAAUAAAGGAACAUUCAGAAUACUCCUUCCAUUCAUCUUCAUCGUCAUCAUCAUCCUCUUCGCCACCAUCGAUUAAUUCACCGUUCAACUUUCAACAAAAUUAUGACAAAAAGUUAAUCAGUGGCGGCAAUACACAGUAUGCAUCUGUAUCGCCAAUCUCCAAUGGGGCAGCUUCAUCAUCAUCGCUUGUGUAUCAGAAUAAUAAUAAUAAUACUAGUAGUAAUAAUAAUGUUAAUCUUUUUGAUUCCUAUGAAAUUAUCAAUAGUAUUAAUAAUCGUGAAAAUCAACAACGCUUUUAUCAUUUAUCACCACAAUCAUUAAUGCCAUCAGGAAAUAAUAUUCAACAUUGUUGCAAGCCGACACUAACACAACCAAUACUACAACAACAACAGCAGCAACAAAUUUUCGGUAUACCACCGCAUCCAGCUGUUAUUCUGCCGGAACCGCCAGCAAUCAUUAAAAAUAGUUGUGAGCAUACAGGCCGUCGGAAGCGUUCAGCUGAAAACUCUAACAUUGAAUUGUUCACUCCAAUGAAAACAAGUUGUAAUCACCUGUUGGUUAAUAAUCGUGAUUAUAGGGUCAAAAAAUUGCCUAUUCCACAAAUCAAAGGGGAGAUUAAUAACACACUUGCUGACAGUAAUAAUCACAAUAGUACACUGGCCACUAGUAAUAUUCGUGCUCAAUUUCCAAAUGUAUGCCAACUGCUCUGUGAAAAUAAUUCAUGUCCUCACCCUCUUUCAAUGCCCACAAAAUCGAAUGCUACUGAUACAAAUCAAUAUAUUCCAAACGGAGGAGUUGGUUUCAAUGAAGCUGUUGCUCGUACAACUCUGUGUGUUGCUGCUUUAUGUUUGAUUGCGUUCAAUCCGGCCCAGGUGACUAAUCAAAUGUAUUGGAGUACUUCAAACAGCGGUGGUGAGAAGUCGUCAUCAUCAUCACCGUCAUUACCAACUUCAAGGAGUUUAUUGAACUAUUUCGAUCCAUCCAGCGGUUUCAUGAAUUUAAUGAACAUGUCAAAUUCAUGGUUGAUUUCAUUCAUAUAUGCAUUACAAUGGUUUAUUGCCUUGUUAUUAUGUUCUUGGGCAUGUCAUAGAAAGCAUAUUUCAUUUAAAUGGCUUGAUUAUUUCAUGAAAUCGAAGCAUAGAACUGUCUCAAUACUCAAUGCCAGAUCGCAUUAUAGACAAGCUAAUAUAGCUAUGAAUCAGUUGACAUGGUCAAUAGCAGAUUAUCACCUGAAGUUAUGCCUGCACUCCCUUGGAUGUAGUACGCAUAGUGAAUUGACUCGAUCAGUGCAUACAACAUCACUGCUUCAAUGUUUAUACCAGUGUAUACGAUCGAUAUUUGUAUUGAAUAUGCAUUUUCUAUAUGUGCUAUUUAUCUGUUUACCACAAUGGCUAUGGAUAACAUAUUGUUGUGUAAGAAAGGCGGAUAGAAGCAUUAUGAGCAAAGGCAAACCAACUGUGAACUCUGCCAAAGCCACUACAGAAGAUACAAUUUCAUCAGCUGAAGUUCGUCUACGUGUAAUGGAGUUAUAUUUAUUUGUUCGUAAACUGAAAAAGGUGAAUUCAGAUUGCUCUGGACUUGUGAAUUUCUGCAAAUUACUCGAUAACUUAUCAUUGGCAUUAAUGUGUACCCGGGAUUUCCUUGAGGCAUCAAUUCAUGGAUUGGUUAGUGAUAGUAAUAAUAAUAAUAAUAAUAAUAAAGUCAAUGAGGAUGAUGUUCAAAGUACGUCAGUAGAGGAAAAUAAUGAUGAUAAACUGUCUGUACACCUUCUGCCCAGAUAUGGUGUAACACUGGGAUUAUUCUUAAGACAACAAUUUGGACUGCAUUAUCUCGGAUCGUUGAUUAUACGCAUGACAAUUUAUGUAACUGUACAAUUUAAUUUAUCCGAAUUAUGGACAACUUGGUUUACUAAUCCAUUAUUCGUUAAACUAAUCACUGGUGAAAGGAAUUUGAAUUUCAGUGCUGCCUUGUCACCACCAUCAAAUGGUACUAUGUGUGAUUACUCAUCGGACAUAGAUACUGGAACAUCAUUAGUAAAUUAUGCUGAGAAGAAUAUUAUAAAUCAAUUGUUGGUUGAAUUACGUGAGCAUAUCACUUGUCAUUGUUUGAAGAUUAUACUCUAUGGUGAAUUGAAUCAAGUGAAAAGUUUAAAAUGUUAUAUUGAUUUACUGGCUGAGCUUUCACCUUCAUUGGAUACUUAUUAUGAUAAGAAGUUUACUAAUGCAGUUGGCGAAAGUGAAUACGAAGAAACUGAUGAUCAAGUCUCAUGUGCUCAUUGGUGGGCUCAAAUGUUAACUAUUCUCUGGCAGUAUAGAUGUGAUCAAAUUGAAUUGCCUCUUCAAUCAUUCUGUGAUGAAAGUAAUGGUAACAGAUGUAUGAAUGGAGAAUCCAAGCAUUAUUAUGUACCUCAAUCACUAUUGAAAUGUUCGUAUCUUGGCGAUCUAGUUAAAGUUUUAUCAGUGAUUCAUACUUCUCGUUCAUCGGAGUGUCAGUCAUCUUGUCAUAUGUCAUUACGUGUUGUUUGUGCGUCGUUGAGAAAUCUUGCAAAAUUAUGCGGAAAUAUAAAUACUGUACAACAAACUGGAGAUGACAGCAAUCUACAAACAAAUCCUCAAUUGGAUUAUAUGCGAUUCAAUUAUCUGGCUUGGUCUUUGUUCGGCACUAUUUGGUGUAUUGAUAUAUUAACAGCGCAAAUAAAAAAUAAUAAGAAUAAGAACAUGAAAGUAUCAUCCUCAACUGACGGUGUAUCUACAGUCAUAAUUCAUGGUUUCAAUGAUAGUCUGCACUUAUUACGUCAAUUGGUCGACUGUUAUUUCAAUAUGCCAUCACCGAAUUGGUGUAGAAUAAAGUUACAAAAUGCAGAAGCUAUUCAUCGCCUGUUAGUUGGAGCUAGUCCAGUUCGUGCACGAUUUGCCCUGCUACAAAAUUACAGCCUAUCUCGUUUAUCCACUGCCGCCUCGUUAAGCGAUAAUAUAAAAGAAGACGGAGAAGGUACACCCGGGAAAUUAUCGAACAGUAAUCCUGUUGUUGUAGGCAGAAUCCCUAACAACAGCAACAACAACAAUCAAUCACAUCAUGAUAAUCUUCUUGUGAAUAACGAUAAUAAUAAUAACAACAACAAAAAUCCGCCUGCAUUAAUUGGUGGUCGAUCAUCGGCUAGAAACGGUGUACUCUUACAGUCACCGGGAUGUUAAACAUCUUAACACCUCAUUAUUGUUAUUAUUAUUAUUAUUAUUAUUAUUAUUUUCGUAUUGAUAUGUGUACUCUUAUUAUUAUUAUCGCUGUUAUUUUCCCCUUUGUUUGCAAUCAAAUAAUUCCAUUUAUAUGUUUUGUGCCUUUUUUUUCUUCAACGCCUAGUCGAUGAGUAGUAGUACAACGAAUAUUGUUAUUUUUUAUGUACUGAAGUCUUGGUACAGAUAGAUAUAACCCUUUAUUACUGUUGUUAUUUUAUUAUAUUUGCUUAUGCUAAACUUACACUCUAUGUAGUUCAUGAUAUUUAUUUAACUGUUUCUAUUUAACACAAUGACAUAUAUACAUAUAUACUUCACAUUUACCCUAAUUGCUAAACAAUCAAUAAUCACUUCCUUCUUUUCGGUGUUUGAAUAUUAAUACAAUCAACCUUUAUAUAUUAUAUUAUUAUAUACAUAUAUUGUAGUAUGUGACAAUGAUUCAUAAAUAUCAUAAAUAUUUUACUCACUCAUUAACAUA